AUGCUCCUCAAGUUGAUCGCCUCCGCGGCCGCCCUCCUGCUCUCCAGCAGCGCGGCCGCCAACCCCGUCUUCUCCUACGACUUCCUAGCCACCAACCCCUUCGACGCCGCCAGCGCCCUCGCCCCCAUCUGGCACUUUGACGAAAAAACCUGCGCCCCGACCGACGCCGUCGUCAAUGGGCAGCCGAAUCCCGGGAACGCUGCCGACUACUGCAAUGUGUUCAAGGUGGAUCAUAAUUGUACCCCGCAGCCCCCGUGGAAGGGAGACAACACUCUUGGAGCGAGAUUCCCUACUUACUGGUUGAGUCAGUAUUGUGAGAAGGACCAGAGUUUUCGGAUUCUUUAUGAUGUUUACUUUUCGAAGGACACGGGGCAUCGUCAUGAUUGGGAAUGGACGAUCAUAAAACUCACCCGCAACUCACCCGACAACACCUGGACAGCCGCAGGCGCCUGGAUGGAACAAGACGGGAAACACCCCUGGUACAACUGGUCCUCCAUCUCCACCAACAACCUCGGCCACCCUCUCCUCUACUUUGGAAAAUGGCAUCACCCGGUGUUCCCAGAUCAGCAGACCAGAUUCUUCGCGAACACCUGCCCGCCCAAUUCCAAGAGCGAUUAUAGAAGCUCGGAUUAUAUGUGGCCCGCUGCGGAUCAUUUGGUGCCCGCGAAUGUGAUUGAUCCGAAGUGGAGCUAUGGAAAUGCGGAUUCGACACCCCCGGCGUUUUAUCCCAAUGGAAAAUAUGAUAUUUGCAACUUCUAAAUAUUGGCGUAAAUGUAGUUGUCUAUAGGGUAGAUAGUAUACCAGUACGCAUUCCCUUUCUUCACUGCUGUCGCUUUCCCAUUUACAUUGUGAUGCAAGCUGGUGCCUGCUAUAUAUGUUUCCAUAUUUUAUGCAUUUACCCUUUCAAUGAUACUUCCAUUCUACCAGCCAAAACGUGGCUGGGUUCAAUUCUGAGAAAAUGUG